ACAGUGAAGUGCUAUAAAGUGUGCAGAAUUUACAGCCCUAGUUGCGCCCUUACCUCUGGCUGUGAGUAGCUGGUUUAAGGCUCAUCAGGUGCAGUGAAAUUUCUCUGUCAAGAUUCACUGUGUAUGUCAAGGAUGGUGAUCCCUGGAACUACACGCACAGAGGAGAAGCUCUUUAACCCUCCUGGAGAGCUGCAGAAAGACGCUCACGUUCCUAAUUUCGAAAGCUACUUGAGGCUUUACAAGAAAUCCAUUGAAGAGCCGGAGGAGUUUUGGAAAGAGGUUGCUGAAGGUUUCUUCUGGAAGAGUCCUCCAAAAGGAGAGUUUCUGAAGUAUAACUUUGAUGUUACGAAAGGCAAUGUUAAUGUCAAGUUCAUGGAAGGCGCUAAAACCAAUAUAUGUUACAACAUCCUAGACAGAAAUGUGAAAGAGAAGAAUCGUGGAGAAAAAGUGGCAUAUUACUGGGAAGGGAAUUCACCUAGCCACAGCUGUUCUAUCACAUACAGUCAGCUGCUGAAGCAAGUCUGCAAGUUUGCCAAUGUUUUAAAAAAUAUGGGAGUGAAGAAAGGGGACAGAGUAGCAAUCUACCUACCCAUGAUCCCGGAGCUAGUAUAUUCCAUGCUAGCAUGUGCAAGAGUAGGAGCAGUACAUUCCAUAGUGUUUGCAGGUUUCUCAUCAGAAUCUCUGUGUGAGAGAAUCCUGGAUUCCCAGUGUUCAUUUCUCAUCACUGCAGAUGGUGUUUAUAGAGGAGAUAAACUAAUCAACCUUAAGCAGAUCUCCGAUGAGGCAAUGGAGAAGUGCAAAGAAAAGGAAAACUUUGUUGUUAAAAAUUGCAUCAUUGUAAGGCACAUUGGAAAGAGGAAGAACAAUGCCAAUGUUUACAACACAUUUCAGACACCCUGGAAUGCGGACACCAAUGUGUGGUGGGAUGAUGUAAUGAAAAACUCCAGUGAAGAAUGUGAACCGGAGUGGGUCGAUGCGGAAGAUCCUCUCUUCAUCCUCUACACAAGUGGGUCCACUGGUAAACCAAAGGGAGUUUUGCACACAGUUGCCGGCUACCUUCUCUACACCGCGCUCACGUUUAAAUAUGUUUUUGACUACCACCCUGAUGAUGUGUACUGGUGUACGGCUGACAUCGGUUGGAUUACUGGUCACUCAUACAUUACUUACGGACCACUUGCCAAUGGCGCCACAAGCGUGCUUUUUGAAGGUGUACCAGUCUACCCUCACGUGGGAAGGUUCUGGGAGAUAAUUGAAAAACACAGCGUGUCAAAGUUCUAUACAGCGCCAACUGCCAUUCGACUGCUGAUGAAGUACGGGCAGGAACCUGUGAAGAAGUUCAACCUUGGUUCUCUUAAAAUCCUGGGUACUGUUGGAGAGCCUAUCAACCCUGAGGCUUGGCUGUGGUACUACAAUGUUGUUGGAGAGAAGAGGUGUCCAGUCCUGGAUACUUUCUGGCAAACAGAGACUGGUGGUCACGUGAUUACACCUUUACCAGCUGCCACUCCCCUGAAACCUGGCUCUGCUACAUUUCCUUUCUUUGGGGUGCUGCCCAUCAUUUUGAAUGAGCAUGGAGAAGAGCUUGAGGGGGAAGCAGAAGGCUAUUUGGUCUUCAAGCAGCCAUGGCCAGCUAUAAUGCGCACAGUGUAUGGAAAUCACGAACGGUUUGAGAACACCUAUUUCAAAAAGUUCCCUGGGUUUUACGUCACGGGUGAUGGCUGUCGAAGGGAUAAAGAGGGGUAUUAUUGGAUCACUGGUAGGAUUGACGACAUGCUCAAUGUAUCUGGACACUUGCUGAGCACUGCUGAGGUGGAGUCAGCCCUGACGGAGCACCCUGUUGUGGCAGAGGCUGCAGUGGUGAGCUGCCCCCAUGCUGUCAAAGGGGAAUGCCUCUAUUGCUUUGUCACAUUGAAGAAUGGGAGAGAGUUCAGCCAUUCUCUUGCAGAAGAACUGAAGAAGCAAGUACGGGAAAAAAUUGGACCAAUUGCCACACCAGACUUUAUCCAGAAUGCACCAGGACUGCCUAAAACACGUUCAGGAAAAAUAAUGAGACGGGUCCUGAGACAGAUUGCCCGCAGCGAAAAAGACCUUGGAGACCUCUCCACGCUGGCAGACCCCAAAGUUGUGGAGGUUCUCUUCAGCCAGAGGUGCGAAGCUACUGCUUGAGACCCUUACCUGCUGGAUUCGCAGGCAGCGCUAAAGGAAAUCAACUCGAUUACAGUCUUAUCUAAUAAGUCACCUUGGUAAAACAAAGUGUCAGUGGCAUCAUAAUACGAAUUAAGCAAGGUUUAUUCUCAAAACCUCAACUUGUAUCAAUAAUUGAUCUGUCACAGGUCUGUUCAUUUUUAAGAUGAGUUUAAUUAAAGUUUAAUAAUACUAAAAUAAUCAUUUUUAGCAAGUUAUUAAAUACCUUAGCGAUUAAAAAGUCCCUGUUUAAUAUCCAGUUCUGUGUUUUCUUAGCUGUUUUGCAGAAAAUAUGUUUUUUCUGUCCUUUAGUGAUUUGCAGUUUCUUAUUUAUACAGAAUUAUUUUAAUUAUAUUUGAAAGUUUUUUUUUAUUCCUUUCCGAAAUAAAGUAUAUACAAAUUACAUUCACUUAUUCUGCAUGAAUGAUGAUCAAGCUUACAUAAUAAUUAUACAGCUGUAUACUAUAUACACAAAAGCAUAUAUAGCCUGUGUCAACACAUUUUAUUACUCAUUCUAUAUUUAAAUAUUAAGCUUACAUUAUAAGUUUGUACCAUACCAUCUACAGUACUUUAAGAAACUAUGAAAGUGUGCUUUUAUUUUAUAUUAGCACUAGUUACAUAAUGAAAGGUAUGAUGAAUACAGGUGCAAACCAUUUUGUUUGACUUUUCCAAAGGUUGAAGACUACUAAAAGCCACCACUGUAUCAGCUCCAUCUCAUAAUUACCAACAUAAGUGAAUAAGAGUGAAUGGCAUAGUAGGGUUCAGUUCUGUUGUGCAUCUUUGUUGGACAUGUUACUAGCUUGCCGCUAUUCUUCUCCCCUUAUUGGUUUACCCCAGUUGUUUAACAGUUGGGACUUCCAGCCUUCUGUUGUGAAGUUCCUUUCUUCCUCCUCCCCUUUGCCUCUUUUGCAGCUGCAUCUCCCUUUCCCUGCUUCCCAACUGUCAUUGGUCUCACAGAGGGUGGAUCCUUUCAGGCCAAAUUAAAUAAACAUUGUAACGUUUAAUCAUGCUGUCACC